GGCAGCUAUAGCGAGCCAUGGCCCGCGGUGCCAUCGCAGCUGCCUUGGUUCUGGGGGCAAUUGGAGGUGAGCCCAGCUGUCACCUGACGGACUCCUCGUGUUCGCUGGAGCAACUGCCUCGCGAUGUCAGCACAUUGAUCUAUCCAGGUGGAGCAACACGCUGCAUUUUUAGCGAUUCGCCGGAGUACGGAUUUCAGGUGAUUCCCGGCUCCUCGGAGAAGUUGUUGCUCUUCUUCCAGGGCGGCGGGGCUUGUUUUAACGACGUCAGCAGUCGCGAGGCCGAUUCUGCGCCCUGCCUGUCACAUUUGGUGCUUCAACCACUCUUUGGCAUUUUCAAUCGCGAGAAGGUCUCGAAUCCUUUCCGUGACUACACCAUUGUUCAUGUCAAUUACUGCAGCGGCGACCUCCAUGUCGGCAACGUGCUCCGCUGGUACUUGGACCGCCAGCUGCAACGGGUGGAGCAGCGCGGCUAUGUCAAUGCCUUGGCGGGCGUGAAAUGGGCAAGGAAGAAUGUGGGGCAGUUGUCAUCGCUGAUUGUUGCAGGCUCAUCCACUGGUGCCCUGGGGGCGCAGUUGUGGAUGGAGACCAUUCUGCAGACUUUCAGUUACCAGGCCGCAGCCCUAUUGAUGGACUCCGAUAUGGCCAUCCUCCCGAGCCGUACGGAGGGCCCUCUGCUAAAAGGCUUUGGUGCGUGCGACACGGGGCUGUUUGAAUCGGACGCAAAGCAGAAGUGUGCCGCUGGAGAACUGACCAUCCAGGCGGUGCUGGAACAGACGAUGGCUAGACAUAAGGAAGUGACUAUGGCAGCCAUCAGCUCACUACAGGAUCGAAUGCAGGUGCGUUUCUACAAUGCUGUGUGCAUGGCAGAGAUGCUACCCGCAGAUUUGACCCCCUAUGACUUUGAGAGGAAGUUGAUGACGAGGUUGGAAGGAUACAAUCGCUAUCCGAAUUUCGUGACAUAUCUGGUGCCCGGCGACCGCAACUACUUUCUGCCACUCGAGGCAUUCUUCGGCGAAGCUGCGCUGCCGCAGUGGCUUUCGACCCUUCCGGAGCUGGCUGGGCAACAGAUCAGCAGCUUUUGCAGCGGGAAGUGCGGCACGUUGAGCAGCAAAAGUUUCAUGUUGACGUCGCAUCCUGUAAACCAGAAAGGAGAGCUGCCCAAAGAGUCAGCUCCCAGCGGAGAAGCGAAGUUGAUCCAAGUGCCAGAGCUCUCCAGGUUGCCAUGGUGGAGCUCCUGGUACCAUGUUGCACUUCUUUCUGUGGCCUUGGCCCUUUGCAUAGGUGCUUUCCUGGAUCGCAGAUCUCCAAGCAGCUACAGUGCAAGCCGCUCCUUCAGCGAGGAUGACUUUUCGGAUGAAGACAAGAUUUGAGAAUUGCAAUGAGGUGUUAAGAACCCGUGCGCUACCUGGCUUCGCCAAAGAUGUGAGGG